CUUUAACAUCUAGCAUUGGGAAACGUUCUACUCGCUCACUUUAAUCCACAUGCAGCGCCCAUCAGGCGACAGCGCAGAGACUCCUAGUUCAAGGCGUGGAAGACGUAUAAAUGCUGCUUGCAAAGCUUGUCAUGCGCGCAAAGUAAGAUGCAGCCUUGCGCAGACCGGUUCACCAUGCAUGAACUGCACAUUAGACCGGCUGCAGUGCGAGCCAAGAGUGGCUAAACGACGAAGUCAGAGGAAUGAGCUGCCCGCGGCGCCGCCUCAGCGGCAGAGGGACGAGCCUCAAUCUGCCAGCGUCCUUCCCACGGCGCCGAGGGCAGAUUCGCAUAACCAGAUAUCCCCACCCUCAGAGAGCACACAAGAGCGCCAAAAUCUUAGUGAAGCUGUACCUACUCCACUUGAUGCCGAACGCGAAGAGCAAAGAACACCCUACCGUCCCUUUGCCGAACAUUUUAGCCAUCAUCCUGGACAGAGUGGUUCAAGUCCUUUUCCCUUAGAUGACGAUGCCUCGGAGCAUCGUUGUUCGCCCGUAUACGGUGAUCCUCAUGGGGUCGGUCUUGUCGCAGACAUAUGUGAGCCUGGGCGGAAGGAAAAGAGUGGCCAUUUCCUCGUGCCACAGAUCAAAUCUAGUCAUAUAGACCCUCAGACGAUAGAUUUCUUGCGUCUCAGGGGUGCUUUUGAUCUACCCGUCUUAGAAGUUUGCGACAUGCUAAUACAGGCGUAUUUCCACCAUGUGCAUCCCUUUUUUCCAGUAGUAGAACCUCGAGGUUUCCUCGAGAAGUUUCAUAGCGAACAUCGCUUUGAGAUUAGUACGCACCUACUUUGGAGUAUGUUUCUGGCAGCUGCCAAUUUCGCGGAUAGCAAAACCCUGAAGACGGCCCAAUUUCCAUCUCGUAAAGAAAUGAAACGUUCAAUGUACACGAAAGCAAAGGCUCUUUAUGACGCAGAGUACGAGCGAGACAAGGUCACACUGAUCCAGGCCGUUCUUCUGAUGGGUUUUUGGUAUGCUGAUACUGAAGAUCGCACAGGACCUUGGCACUGGAACGGAGUAGCGAUCAGCCUAUGUCAGACAAUUGGAUUGCAUCGGGAUCCAGACAGUAGCUUAGGUCAUGCGAGAUCUUUAUCUGUCUAUAAUAGAAGACUCUGGAGGCAGCUCUGGUGGAGCUGCUUCUACCGAGAGGCUUGGUUCUCCGCCGGCAUGGGCAGACCAAUGCGCAUCCAACUUACUGACUGUAGCUCUACAAUGCCAACGGUACAAGAUCUUGAGGACCGAGUUGCAGAAAUAAGCUGUACUCUCCGGGAAAAGUAUCUGCCGGAUGAUAUGAGAAGAUUGUCCAUGCUGUGGAUACAUCUGUUGGAGCUUACCGUUGCGUUAUCGAAUAUUUUGUUGGGGCAACACCGAGCAAAUCGCGUGCUACCAACAGAAAACGAGAUAGAACAGAUUGAGAGUCAGAUCCGGGCUUGUUUCGACAAAUACUCUAACAUCAUGAGAUUAGGCAGGCAAAGUCGCCUCGUAUUGUUGUAUGCUUAUCACUUUGAAAUAUAUAUCGAAUCUGUUUCUAUCAUCCUCUACCGACCAUUCCUUCUCAUGAACCCAACCGAGUCCUUCUCUCAGGAAUGGAAAUCGAUCGUCGAGCGGAAGACGAGAUCUGCAGCUGCUUCCGUCAACAUGAGCCUCAGUAACAUGAUCGGCACUGAUAUGAUCAAUGAUUGCCAAUCAAUGAUCUGUAUCGCCUUGGUGCCUGCAUUGCAAGUCCAUCUUCUUGAUUAUUCGUCACAUAAAAACAUGAUUCAUCGAAUGGGAUCCAAACACCUUGAGAUAUGCAUGAUCGUAGUUGAGGAGUUGAAAGAGACAUUUUUUGGGGCCGAGAUCUUGUACAGAAUGUUCUCCAAGGCCCAAAAGCAGAUAUUGAGUCGGAGAAUUGCAGCACUUUCCGAAACCGAGACCGCUCCAAAUGUUGAUACAAUGACACCGUCAAAUUCAAUCGCUCCCGAUAUGUGGACAGAUGUAUCGGUGGCGCCGCAUCAAGUUCAUGAUGAUGAGUUCGAUACAUUAUCUGCGAUUCGAAGAUCUUAUGAUGGUUCUAUGCCAUUUGAUUUUUUUGCUGACAUUGGUUUUGACUUCAACCUACUCGACACAUAAUCUGGUUGAGACCCGUCAUUCGGAUCGUCAGGCUAGUCAAUCCAAAUUGUAUAACUUUAGCAGCAAUAAUGUUUUUUGAGGACUGUUCAAGCUAUUCUGAUCAGGCUUCCAUGCCAUUGCCAGGUCUCAGGUUA